CCCUGCCACUGAACUCAACUCAACUCAUCUCCCCAACCCCCAAACAUAAAUAAAUACUACAAAACGCUCUCCAUCUCACAUAACGCGAUUUUCCCGCUUUAUGGAUUUCCCUUUCUCAUUCUAAGCCAAACGCCUCCUGGAUCUGUGAUCGGAGUUGAGGAUCCUUCCAAUGGCUGGGAGUAACCAACUUAAUCCUAACGAUUCUAAGGUGGUGGUUCCACUGAAUAUGUGGGUUCUGAUCUCGAAUUUCAAGUUGUCGUACAAUCUUCUCCGUCGCCCGGAUGGGACUUUUAACCGUGACUUAGCAGAGUUCCUUGAUCGGAAGGUUCCGGCAAAUGCCAACCCUGUCGAUGGAGUUUUCUCCUUUGAUGUCAUUGUUGACCGUGAAACAAAUCUUUUGACUCGAAUCUAUCGUCCUGCUGAGGGAGAAGAGCGUGCAGUGAGCAUCGUUGACCUUGAGAAGCCUGUGAGCUCUGAGGUUGUUCCUGUCAUCAUAUUCUUCCACGGUGGAAGUUUUGCGCAUUCUUCAGCGAAUAGUGCUAUAUAUGAUACUCUGUGUCGUCGCCUGGUGGGUAUCUGUAAGGCUGUUGUGGUGUCAGUGAACUAUAGGCGUGCACCUGAGAAUCGGUAUCCGUGUGCAUAUGAUGAUGGGUGGACGGCUCUUAAAUGGGUUAGUUCUAGGUCUUGGCUUCAGAGUAAGAAGGAUCAGAAAGUUCAUAUCUACAUGGCUGGGGAUAGCUCGGGUGGGAACAUUGUGCACCAUGUUGCCCUCAAAGCUGUGGAGUCGGGAAUUGAGGUGUUUGGGAAUAUUCUGCUGACCCCAUUUUUUGGGGGGGAGGAAAGAACCGAGUCUGAGAAGCGUUUAGAUGGGAGGUAUUUUGUUAGAGUUAAGGAUCGAGAUUGGUAUUGGAGGGCUUUUCUUCCUGAAGGGGAAGAUAGAGACCAUCCUGCAUGUAACCCGUUUGGGCCCAAGGGGCGAAGCCUUGAAGGGGUUAGCUUUCCCAAGAGCCUUGUGGUGGUUGCUGGUCUGGACCUUGUUCAGGACUGGCAGUUGGGUUAUGCAAAAGGGCUUGAGAAGGCUGGCCAAGAAGUGAAGUUGCUGUUCCUGGAGCAAGCGACCAUCGGGUUUUACUUGCUGCCAAAUAAUGAGCACUUCUCUCCUGUUAUGGAUGAGAUAAAAUAUUUUGUCAGCUCUGACUGUUGAUAGGCUUAACUUUUGCUAUACACAAGUGGACGUUAGAAGAUUGUGUAGGAAAUAGGUAUGCUACUUAACUUUUUUGCUUUUUGGGUUCUUUACUGUAGGACUUUGCUCCCGUGAUUAGGUACUUGUCUGCUGUCGUGAGAUUGGCGUAAUCAGCAUAUAGCUGUAUUAUGAUGUUUUUCCGGAGCACAUAAUGAGGAAAUUGGGUGCUGCGGAUAGGUGAAAGCUUUUUAGGAGAAAGGGAGCCCUGGCCAUGUUUAUGGGAACCACCAAAGUUGUGAUUACCCACUCUGACUUCCAGCCAAAAAGGAGAGGAAGAGGUUAUUCUAUUUCUGGGCGUGAACUUGAUGCCAAUCAGUGGGGCUUGUCGUUGUCUGGCAAGUGUUAUAUAUGACUAAUUUUGGAACUCGGAUAGGAAAAUAUCAAUGAUAUGUUGGUGCUGUUAGGUUAUAUACGUCUGUGCUAUCUUCAUGAGUGCUUGUUUUAAGACUGUUCAUCUUUUCUCUAUAUAGCUAAUUUUACGUUCCCAUGUCUUGGGUUGUCCCUUGUUUCACGAUGGACACUCCUUGCAAAUGUAAAUGGAUGUCUUUUCCCGCAAUGUAUUAUGUGUUUGCUUCUGUAUAUAUAGAUAUUUUCCACUUUUAUCUUA